AUGAGCCACGAAGCCGGUCUGGAUGGCGAGCAGAGUGGUCGCCGGGCCCACCAGCAAUGGCCUCUACGCACCGAGCGGCACAUCCCCUGUGUCCCAAACAGAGCUGCAAGCCAUACAUACGCAAGGCCUAGCUCCCCCCAUCGCUGCCCAUCGGCCAUCCUGCUCCAAAGCAAGGACUUUCGUCGGUCGCUGAGCGCCAGAGACGGGACAUCUGUAGUGUUGCCCGUCUGCUUCUUCACACGGUCGAGCGACGGACAGGAGCGGACGACCAUUGGUGCCCGCAUGAGCGAAGCGUUGGUGGGGGGUGAUGGUGCUUGGCGCGGCGGCAAUGCGGCUGCUGGUCAAUGGUUUGGUAAUGCGUUCAUGGCAGGUCCUCCGGCGCCUUUCGCAUGUUGUACUGUAAUGCUGCACAUCCUUCUUGUCUUGUUACGCUCGAACCUGCAUUCUCGGACGGUGCCGUGCUUGAAAACUUCCAUUGUAUCCGAUUCACAAGAAUGUAAGAGAGCAUGGGUUUGGGAAAGUGACCGAUGA